AUGUCAAGCGUUAAACGUGAAGCAACUUCAACCACAGGUUCAGCUGUAGCUCAUACAGCUAUUUCUGAAAAUGUAGCUGUUAAAUCAGUUGUUAGUACAGAAACACAAUCAAAGGUUAGCAUGGAAAAUACACAAAAAAUGUCUGCAUUAAUGAGCAAACUCGGUACAACUCAUCAACAAAUUGAUGAAUAUUCUCGUCAUCGUACUGAACAAAUUUCUGAAGAAGUAUCAUUGGCUAUUGCAAAAGUUGUUAAUGAAACUCAAGCUCAACAAGCAAAUCUUUUAGCUGAUGCUAAUGUACGUUCAGCUGCUAUUGAAGAAGAAUAUAAAAUUAAAUUACAAUCAUAUGUUGAAGAACUUGAUAAUGCUAAAGCACAAAAUUUAGCUGUACUUGAAAAAGAUUUAAAUUUACGUCAAGAAAUGAUUCUUGAACAAGCAAGAAAACGUAUUGAUGAUUUAAAUGAAGAAGCUAAUCGUUUGAAAAUGGGUGUUUUACGUGAUGCUCAAGCACAAGCUAAUGCAAGAGUUGAUGCUAUUACUCAAGAAGUUGCUGCUUUGGGAGCUGAAGAUGCUAAUCGUUUAUUAACAUCAACAUCAACAACAGUUAUUCGAACUGAAGCUAAAGCUACUGGUGAAACUCAUGUUGCUGGUACGACUGCUGUUAUUGGUACAACAGCAACAACUGUUGAAAAAUCUGCAAGUUCACGUACAUCAACUUCAACAACAGCAUCUCAUCAUUAG